AUGAACAAGGAUGAGACAUUUCAUGCUCUUCCAUGUGAACUAUUGAUCAUUGGAGAAGGUAUGGAUGCUUAUGGUGAACAAUAUCUGCUGAGUAUACGAUCAGGUCGAAUUUAUUUAGGCCUUCAAACUACAUCUGAAUGGAUAUUAAUUGGAACAUUUGCUGAUUGGAUUAAAAUAGGAAUAGAGAGUGCUAAACAUGAGAAGGAAGAUAUUCAAAGAUCGCAUGAUGAAAGUGAAAUAUAA